CAAUAAGAAACUACUAUCUUGAUUAACUGACGCAUUGAUGUAAAGUGUGUACAUGAAGCGUUGAGUAAAUAAAAAUAUUAAAUCACAAUCGCCCAAAUGUCCAAGAACUGAUUUAAAUGCCCGAGAACGAGCCCAGGGGCGUCAUGGAGUGGGUGGUGACCUGCUUCUCCGUGAUCAUCUUCAUCAUCACCUCGCCCAUCGCCAUCUUCAUUUGCUUCAAGGUGGUGGCCGAGUACGAGCGGGCCAUCAUCUUUCGGCUAGGCAGACUGAGUGGCGGGGCUCGGGGUCCGGGCAUGUUCUUCAUCCUGCCCUGCAUCGAUGAGUACCGCAAGGUGGACCUGCGCACGGUCACCUUCAAUGUGCCGCAGCAGGAGAUGCUGACCAAGGACUCGGUGACGGUCACCGUGGACGCGGUGGUCUACUACCGCAUCAGUGAUCCCCUCUACGCGGUGGUGCAGGUGGAGGACUACAGCAUGUCCACCCGCCUGCUGGCGGCCACCACGCUGCGGAACAUCGUCGGCACCCGCAAUCUCUCCGAGCUGCUCACCGAGCGCGAGAUCCUCGCCCACACCAUGCAGUCCACCCUGGAUGAUGCCACCGAGCCCUGGGGCGUCAUGGUGGAACGUGUGGAGAUCAAGGACGUCUCGUUGCCCGUGUCCAUGCAACGAGCGAUGGCCGCCGAAGCGGAGGCUGCCCGCGAUGCCCGCGCCAAGGUGAUUGCCGCCGAGGGUGAGAAGAAGUCCGCCACUGCCCUCAAGGAGGCCUCAGACGUCAUCUCCUCCAGCCCCUCAGCCCUGCAGCUGCGCUACUUGCAAACCCUGAGCAGCAUCUCGGCGGAGAAGAACUCCACGAUCAUCUUCCCCCUGCCCAUGGAGCUGCUGACUCCGUACCUGGCCAAAUAUGCCCACAUGAUGACAGCCCCUCAGCAGCCGUCACAAUUGCCGGAGAAGUCCGACACCGUGCUGCUGGAUGCGCAGGCCGCCUGGCCAAAAACCAACCUAUGAUAUAUUCCACAACGUAUUGCGCAGAUAUCGUAGUUAUUGAGUAUUUCUGCUUUUUUUUUUUU